AAAUUAAGUCUGUUGCUGCAAGUUAAGUCUGUUGCUGCAAAUUAAGUCUGCGCCUGCGAUUUGCAAUUGUCGUAUGCUGCUGAAUACAUAAUAAAAAUGGCUGCUGAAGAUAACGAAAACGCUUUAAGGACUUUAAUAGAAAAUUAUUUUUAUUCAGGAUAUAAAUACAACGAAAUAGUCUUACUUCUAGACAAGCAUCAUGCCGUAAAAAUGUGUUGUAGAACUUUAAAAAGAAAACUCAGAGAAUAUGGUUUCAAAAAACGAAAAAAUGAUGAUUGUAUUGAUGACGAUAGGCUAAAAGAAACUAUUCGUCAGCUAAUAAAUGAUGCUGGAAGCUUGUCAGGAUAUCGAACAAUCUGGCAUACCCUGCGUCGUCGAUUCCACGUACACGUUUCACGUAAAAAAGUGGCAUUAAUAAUGAAGGAAAUUGAUCCACAAGGUGUCCAGCAAAGGAAAACUCACUGUCUCCAACGACGAGUAUAUCGAUCAUACGGUCCAAACUUUUGCUGGCACAUGGACGGCUAUGACAAAUUAAAGCCCUAUGGAUUCCCUAUUCAUGGGGCUAUAGAUGGUUACAGCCGACGGAUAAUUUGGCUUGAAGUGGUAAAAUCCAACAACGACCCAAAAGUGCCUGCAAAUCUUUUUCUUAAAAGUGUAAAAGAAAACCUCGGAUGUCCACUUCUAUUAUGGAGUGACUGUGGCACAGAGAAUGGAUUGGCGGCUUCAAUGCAAUGUUAUUUUAGAGAUAAUGGGACAGAUGACUUGGCAGGAGAGAAUGCUCAUCGCUAUGGUUCUUCUCACGCAAACCAGAGGAUAGAAAAUUGGUGGUCGUACUUUCGUCGUAGUCGAAGCAACUGGUGGAUUAAUUUUUUUAAAGGUCUAGUUCACGAUGGGGUUGUUCUUCUUGGAAACUUAAUUCACAUGGAGUGCCUCUGGUUCUGUUUCCAAUCUGUGCUACAAAAUGAACUCAAUGAUAUAAUUGACCACUGGAACACUCACUAUAUCCGACGUUCGCGAUAUGAUACUAUACCUGGCGUGCCAAAUCUUCUUUACUUUUUACCAGAAUUAACUGGUGGAGCUGACUAUAUUGUCCAAGUGCCAACAGACAAAAUUAACGAAAUGGAGGAAGAAUUUGAGAUGGAAGAAGGACUAAAUGACUACAAAGAGUAUUUUGAACAUGUAAUGGAAAUAAAAGGACUACGUCUUCCAAAUAAUGCAACUGAAGCAUUAGCACUAUUUCAAUGCUUAGUAGAAGCUGCUAAUGAUAAGGAUUAA